AUGGCCUCGCUUUUGUUCCCGCCGACGCAUCCAAGGUUCCCGCUCAGCGGGCUCUUGCAUGCCAUCUGCGCAGUUGGGAGCUUGUAUACAGCUGCGGUGGAUCCUACGCCAAACCCCACGGUAUCUGCCUUCCCAAUGGACAAUAUCUUCGAUGGAAGGCAUAGACAGAGUGAGCAGCGGCCGUUCUCCUUUGCCGAAGUGCAGGCAGAACACGCUCGCCGGGAGAUCGAGAUGUCCGUCGAGAUGGGCGAAGGGCUUUUCCAGGGCUUACAAGCGGAAGUUCUGCUCAGUUCGUGGUAUUGGGCUUCAGCCAAAUUCUCGACUCAUUGGCUCACGGCUCGCUCUUCAAAAUCAGCGUAUGCCCUCGAGCGAACAAUGGGCUGCGGGCACGGCUGGGCUCUCAUGCUCGAUGACAAAGACAUCACCCAAAUGCUGCCUCUGACAGCGGCACAGUUUGAGAAUGGGGAAUAUGUUCCUCCCGAAAGACGACAAUGGUCAAAUCACCCCGAUGUGCUGCUUGUCCAUCCCCCUGAUCAGACCGACGCCUUCGUGCUCUACAUCAAGUCGACCAUGCUCAUUUCUCGCGUCAAGGUCUUUAACUCGCGGUUCCGCGCCAAAUUCUAUUCAGGGGAUCCAGAGAUCGUCAACAUGAGAUACACCUCUCUUGGAGAGGUCGAUGGACUAGACCCGAAGGACAUCCGCUGCGCAACUGAAUUUGCGGAGCUGAGCCGCCUGGUCGGCAGGUUCCAGGACUCAAUACCGUCACAUAUGCGGCAUCCGGUCAAAGAUGGCGUUGUCAAUGCGCAUCUCUUCGCUGCGUGCACGGCACCGUUACUCCAUGAUCUGGCGCUGCUUGGCCCGUUUGCCAUGGUCUCUUGGUUCAUGGCUGGCCGCGUGCUGGUGCGCUUCCUCCGCGAGGCUUUGAGCUCUGGCUCAAAUGAACAAAUACAAGUCCUGCAGAUGGAGAUAAGCUUCAUCCGGUUGGAGAACGUGUUGCGCUCGCUCCAAGAUGCUGUACGACUUCAUUUGUGCGAACUGUGGGUCACAGCAUGCUACUCCAACUCAGAUGCUCGCUCUGCCGCCUCGGGGAGGUAUGGGGUCGCAACCCGUUCCUGGAGGCGAACCGAACACAUCGGAUCUGGCGUUGAACCUGAUGAUCAACAACGACCAUAUCUCGAGAUGGUGACCAUGAGGGAUACUAAUGCUGGCUGGUGUCAGAUAUCAGAGAUGUUUACGCUGGCGGUACGCACAAGACGCAUAUUCUGGCAGCAUGCAGUCAGGAACGAGCUCGCAAGCUUGGUAAUAGAUCGCUCGCGAUGUAGUACGUACCGUACGCGGUGUAGUACACCCAAAUUGAAGCCCAAGCUACCCCCUGGCCCCAACCAUCGUCUAUCUACCGUGAUGCGCCAAGAGACAUCCGCAAUUCUGAAAGCUUGGAGAGCGGGGCCAUUCGCGAUCCUCCCGCUUUUCUUUCUUCACGCGUUCUCCUCUGGUCUGACGGAACAUUACAACUUUGUUCUAUAUCAGAACGUACAUUGCGACGCAUAUCGCACGGGGAAUGUUUUGAACCAGACAUACAAUCAGACUCAAGACAACAUGCUCUACUGCUACUCUCCCGACGUGACUAAUGCCGUUUCCACCAGUAUAGAUCAGCAGUACCUUGCUCUGACUAUCUUGGGCGCCGUCAUGUCUGGAGUAUAUGGCGUCUUGUGCGAUUCACGAAGCAGAAAGUACGUCAUGGCCGCAGGAACGGUAGUCAGAGCCAUCGGUGACUUUCUGUUAUUUCUUUGUCUCAGAUCGUCAGUUCUUACCACUGCCAAUGCCGUCCUUCUUACUGCUCUAUUCACGGGCCUGGCGGGCGGGAGCUAUGUGGUCCCUACAGCCCAAUUAGCAUUCCUUACCGAUACAUCAUCCCCUACCAAGCGGACUCUCGUACUCGGCCUCGCCUUGGCGAUGAUGCCAAUAGGUACAAUCGUCGCAGUCAUCCUUUCUACGGCCGUGACCGCUUUCAAGCUAUAUGGCGUAGUCUUCAGUGUUUCAAUGAUUACCCAUUCGACAUACCUCGCUUAUCUCACUUUCUUCCUGCGCGAACUCCGCAAGCCACCCCAGCUCGAAGCGGUUGCUCUGGAAGAAAAGCAGUCCUCCAUGAAAAAACGGGUAUCAAACGGAGCAUUGUUCCCACCAAUGUUCAUGUUAUUCUCUGAUUCAACACUUCGCUGGCUCGCUACGGUGGCAUUGUGCCUUUCACUUGUAUCGCAGAUCCCGAGCACAGUUCAGUCAGAGGUCGGCGAACAUCUAGGUGUGAUGCCUCUAAGACUCCUGGUGACUACGUUAACCGCCAUCACACUAAGGGUAUUGGUCGCAUUCUGCCUCAUUCCUGCCUUCGUAUUGCUAUAUCGAAAGUAUGCCACACGACAUCAGAGAACGCCAAUCCAGGGCUGGACAACGCAAGACGGGCUAUCUAUCGUGGAUAUUGAACUCGACAAUGCUCCCAAGGGCACAAAUCUUCACGGGGACAGCAUCGUAGACGUUGGAUCUGGGAAAUCCAGGUUCGAUUGCAAAGUGGCAGUUCGACAGGAGCUAUUGCUUUGUCUAAUAUGCUUCGUCGUGAAAGCGAUGUCGCUCACUCUGAUACCGCUAAGCAGGAAUGCAUCUCACUUCAGCGUGGCAUAUAUCGUCGACGCGUUCAGCUCUCCUGUAGAUGCCUCUCUCUUCACGCUCACCACGCUGGCAACAGAGCCAGGCCAGAUUGGACGUGUCCUCAUGGGUGUUAGCGUGAUAGAAGAUUUCGCGCAUGCAUCGCGCAAGCCUCUGCUAUCCGCCAUCUCCAAAGCGACUUUGGAAAAAACACCAUUCACAGCGUGCUGGUUCGCUGCGGUGCUCAGGGCAUUUGCGUCCUAUGUGCAGUCAUGA